GGGCCUAACCAGCAGGAAGUCCGGGGUUGACGAUGGCUGUGUUGUUGAAGGGCCUGUAGCUGGGGGGCCACCUGGCCGGAUUCCGGUCUACUCUUAGCCCAGCCUGGUUCCGGACCCCAACCCGGCCCGGAACACUGUGGGCAAGACGGCGGUGGCGACUCUCCCCUUGCCGCCAUGCACGACGCUUUCGAGCCAGUGCCGAUCCUAGAAAAACUGCCUCUGCAAAUCGACUGUCUCGCUGCCUGGGAGGAAUGGCUUCUUGUGGGAACCAAACAAGGACAUCUUCUUCUCUAUAGGAUUCGGAAGGACGUUGGUUGUAACAGAUUUGAAGUGACACUAGAGAAAUCCAAUAAGAACUUCUCCAAAAAGAUUCAGCAGAUCCAUGUGGUUUCCCAGUUUAAGAUUCUGGUCAGCUUGUUAGAAAAUAACAUUUAUGUCCAUGACCUAUUGACAUUUCAACAAAUCACUACGGUUUCAAAGGCAAAGGGAGCAUCACUGUUUACGUGUGACCUCCAGCACACAGAGACCGGUGAGGAGGUGUUACGGAUGUGUGUGGCUGUAAAGAAGAAGCUGCAGCUCUAUUUCUGGAAGGACAGGGAAUUUCAUGAAUUGCAGGGGGACUUUAGUGUACCAGAUGUGCCCAAGUCCAUGGCAUGGUGUGAAAAUUCUAUUUGUGUGGGUUUCAAGAGAGACUACUACCUAAUACGGGUGGAUGGAAAGGGGUCUAUCAAAGAGCUCUUCCCAACAGGAAAACAGCUGGAGCCCUUAGUUGCACCUCUGGCAGAUGGAAAAGUGGCUGUGGGCCAGGAUGAUCUCACCGUGGUACUCAAUGAGGAAGGGAUCUGCACACAGAAAUGUGCCCUGAACUGGACGGACAUACCAGUGGCCAUGGAGCACCAGCCUCCUUACAUCAUUGCAGUGUUGCCUCGAUACGUGGAGAUCCGAACAUUUGAACCGAGGCUUCUGGUCCAGAGCAUUGAAUUGCAAAGGCCCCGUUUCAUUACCUCAGGAGGAUCAAACAUUAUCUAUGUGGCCAGCAAUCAUUUUGUUUGGAGACUCAUCCCUGUCCCGAUGGCAACCCAAAUCCAACAACUUCUCCAGGACAAGCAGUUUGAAUUGGCUCUGCAGCUCGCAGAAAUGAAGGAUGAUUCCGACAGUGAAAAGCAGCAACAAAUUCAUCACAUCAAGAACUUGUAUGCUUUCAACCUCUUCUGCCAGAAGCGUUUUGAUGAGUCCAUGCAGGUCUUUGCUAAACUUGGCACAGAUCCCACCCAUGUGAUGGGUCUGUACCCGGACCUGCUGCCCACAGACUACAGGAAGCAGUUGCAGUAUCCCAACCCACUGCCUGUGCUCUCCGGGGCUGAAUUGGAGAAGGCUCACUUAGCUCUGAUUGACUACCUGACACAGAAACGAAGUCAAUUGGUAAAGAAGCUGAACGAUUCUGAUCACCAGUCAAGCACCUCCCCGCUCAUGGAAGGCACUCCCACCAUCAAAUCCAAGAGGAAGCUGCUGCAGAUCAUCGACACCACCCUGCUCAAGUGCUACCUCCAUACGAAUGUGGCCCUGGUGGCCCCCUUGCUACGCCUGGAGAACAAUCACUGCCACAUUGAGGAGAGCGAGCACGUGCUGAAGAAGGCCCACAAGUACAGUGAGCUCAUCAUCCUGUAUGAGAAGAAGGGGCUCCACGAGAAAGCUCUGCAGGUGCUCGUGGACCAGUCCAAGAAAGCCAACUCCCCUCUGAAAGGCCACGAGAGGACAGUGCAGUAUCUGCAGCGUCUGGGCACAGAAAACCUGCAUUUGAUUUUCUCCUACUCAGUGUGGGUGCUGAGAGACUUCCCAGAAGAUGGCCUGAAGAUAUUUACUGAAGAUCUCCCAGAAGUGGAGUCUCUGCCACGGGAUCGAGUCCUCGGCUUCUUAGUAGAGAAUUUUAAGGGUCUGGCUGUUCCUUAUCUGGAACACAUCAUCCACGUUUGGGAGGAGACAGGCUCUCGGUUCCACAACUGCCUGAUCCAGCUGUACUGUGAAAAGGUGCAAGGUCUGAUGAAGGAGUAUCUCCUGUCCUUCCCUGCAGGCAAGACCCCAGUCCCAGCUGGAGAGGAAGAGGGUGAACUGGGAGAAUACCGGCAAAAGCUCCUCAUGUUCUUGGAGAUUUCCAGCUACUAUGAUCCAGGCCGGCUCAUCUGUGAUUUUCCCUUUGAUGGCCUCUUAGAAGAACGAGCUCUCCUGUUGGGGCGCAUGGGGAAACACGAACAAGCUCUUUUCAUUUAUGUCCACAUCUUGAAGGAUACAAGGAUGGCUGAGGAGUACUGCCACAAACACUAUGACCAAAACAAAGAUGGCAACAAAGAUGUGUAUCUGUCCCUGCUUCGGAUGUACCUGUCACCCCCCAGCAUUCACUGCCUGGGGCCAAUCAAGCUGGAACUGCUGGAGCCAAAAGCCAACCUCCAGGCUGCCCUGCAGGUCCUGGAGCUGCACCACAGCAAACUGGACACCACCAAGGCCCUCAACCUUCUGCCAGCAAACACUCAGAUCAAUGACAUACGCAUCUUCCUGGAAAAGGUCUUGGAAGAAAAUGCACAAAAGAAACGGUUCAAUCAAGUGCUCAAGAACCUUCUCCAUGCAGAGUUCCUGAGGGUCCAGGAAGAGCGGAUUUUACACCAGCAGGUGAAGUGCAUCAUCACAGAGGAGAAGGUGUGCAUGGUGUGUAAGAAGAAGAUUGGAAACAGUGCAUUUGCAAGAUACCCCAAUGGAGUGGUCGUGCACUACUUCUGUUCCAAAGAGGUAAACCCAGCUGACACUUGAGCCCAGCAUCUUGGGGAUCCAGCAGAUGGACAGCUUGGCUCUCCCAGAGAGGUGAAGGAGCACCUGGCCUUAGGAAUCCUGGCUGCCACCACCACAAGGCUCCCUAUUUGGACACUACUGGCUAUCUUGUGCCCUGGAACAACUCUGAAUUAAUUAGACUCAUGGUCUGGCAUUGCCGGCUUUUUAAUGGGAAAAGAGAUUAGUUAUACCAUUAUCCUGUGGGCAAUUCCAGAGAAUUCAGUACCUGCUUGGUCAGGAGGAGGUGCCCCAUCUUGCCUUUGCAUAUCAGUCACCUGAACAAGGAAACUUGUCACAAGUGUUUGUAACCAUGGGGUUGUUCAUCAAGGGCUUUUCUAUUAAGAUAAGUGUACAGGUUCACAAGGACCCCUCAGCGUGGCUCACUGGAGAGUUCCAUGAGAGAACAGUGCUCACGCUUCUGGCCACAUGGACCCGAUGGCUCACGUUCUGUGUAGUGUUUUACCUCCCCAUGGUAGCCAUGCCCUGCACCCCUCAGUAGCCGCCCUGUUAGUUUUCAGUCUCCUUUUCUUUCUCACCAUUUAUCACUUCCCUCACUGCCCUACCCAGGCUUUCUCUCCCACUCACUUCCCCAACUCUGGGAAUAACUAAUAUUUGUGCAAGGUAAGAUGAGAAGCAAGGGGAAGUCUCGGUUCCUAGGGUUACAGUGCUAGUUGAUUGUCGGGUAUGUUGUAAAGAUACCCUCUUUGGCCAUACACUCCAUGCCUAGAUGCCUCAGACAGCACCAUUCUCUGCCUAGGCCAGACCCUGCAUCCCUCGCCUCAGGCCGGGCCGAGUGUGACUGCAGCUCCUGCGGAUGAGCCUGCCCUGUCUGGGGUAUGCGUGAUCCCUAGACACAUGUUCCCACAGAGGUCCCUGCUCCAUUUUCGCUCACCAGACACUCAGGCGAGCUGGCUUAGUCUUUGUGAGUGGCGAUGUUGUGCUCUGGGCCCUUUCUCUUUUUCCAGCCAGUUUCCAUUCACUUGCCUUACAGCCUGCCCUGGCUCCCCAGCUUUGUUCGGCAGUGGUGUGGUUGGAGGGUUGUGCUGGGAUAGCGCAGGAAGGUGGGUCCCGGCAAGACGCAGGGGAUGAGCGGACCUGGAACUGACAAUGGCAUGCUGCCAAGUGUUCCUGAGAGGUGUUCAGGCACAGCAGAGAGGACGGGGCGGGGCAAGAACAGCAGCACACCGGUUUAAAAAUAACUCACGGCCACACCUGUGGAGCAGUGUGGGGGAUCCUGCCAGAGGUGCACAGGCUGGAGUUUCAGGCACUGCAGGCUGAGGACACAUACGGAGAGUGGCCCUGCCUCCUGUCCUCCCUGGGGUUUUUGCAGACUCAAAGUCUCACUGCACCAGUGUCUUCGAUGGUAGUGGGGUGGGUGAUGGUGCCCAACACUGACAGUUUUAGUGGCCUGUCCUUGACAUGCCAUGGUCCUUUGGAAACCAUGGCUUCAUGCUGUGUGACAGAUCAACGUGCUGAUGGUAAGUAGACUAGGCUCCCCCAGGCAUGCCGUCCGUGGGGGCCUGAAUAGACAGUGAGUGUGCCGUUGGCCCCAUUCACAGACAUGGGAGACUCUGCUCAGGCCUGUGAGGCUGGACAGGCCUUCACCAGAGUUCGGAGGAGCAGUGUGUGGUGCCACCUCCCAGCUGGCCAUACCCACACAGAAGCAGUGCUGCCUGUGGCCUCGUCCGGGCCAGCUUGGACUCAGCUUCCUCCAGGAGCAGCAGGGAAGCCUGGGCUGCCUCCCUGGAUAGCAGGAACUUGCCCUGCCACGUGUGCCCUGCCUUCCUGGCCAGCUGUGCUUGUUAUCUUCUAUUAUCACGAACUGUUUGAAGCAAUAGAAUAAAGAACGUGUGUUUUCUUUCCUGGUAUACAUACGUGACCCCAUCUGCCAAACUCCAUUCUUCCUUCCCUCAACUCUGCCCUCCACAGAGCUAUGGAGAAGGCUGGAGAUGAAAGCUUUGUAGUGAAGACUGAUAAAGAUCUCAUCACUGCUUCUCAUAAUAAACCUAAUGAAGCAAGAAACCAA